AUGUCUACUCUUCACCCUCCGAGCCCCAGCCCUUCUCCUGGUCCUGUUGGCAACGCCAAUGGGAGGUCUCCCAGUUUCCGUGCCUCCAUGGGUCCUUCUUCUGUCCGCCCCUCGGUGGCUACUCAAGGAUUGCCUGCUUCGCCCCGUCCUGGCGGUGUAUCUGGCGCUGGAAGGCCGACAAGUGAGCUCUUGGGCAGUGCUGGUAUGUUCCAGACUCCCGAAGCCGAAGCUAUCGACCAGUGGUUCGAGACCUUCCAAAACUACGAAGUAACGCUGGAAGAAAUGGCUGCUGCCUCUUUAGACGUUAACUUCAAGGAAGAACUGAGUGCCAUAGAGCAAUGGUUCAAGGUUUUAUCGGAAGCCGAGCGCACAGCCGCUCUUUACAGUCUUUUGCAACAUUCUACUCAAGUUCAAAUCAGAUUUUUCAUCACCGUCCUUCAGCAGAUGGCCAGAGCUGAUCCCAUCACGGCUCUUCUGAGCCCUGCAAUGGGUAGUUCGAUGCAGAGUCAGAUGGAGGCUAAAUUGGCAAGCAUGAACCUGAAAUCGCCUGCUCUGAAGUCUGGCCUGCCUGCGUCACCGACGGCGCGUAACUUCUCAGCGAAUAGGCCGUCUUUGGGUAUGGAGGCAGGCGUAAACGGAUUCCUCUCCCCUGAUAGUGCUCACGAUCCUGCGACCACCUUGGCUCAACAGCGCGCUAAACUUAAGGCGUCCAACGCUUCUCACCGCAUCUCUGCACCGGUGUUGAGCACCACGAUGGGUGCAGACAGCCGAACGUGGGGAUCGGUCUCAAACUCGUUGGCUCAGGUAGACGAGCGCGCAUCGUCUCCUGCGCAGGAGAUCUCCAUCCCUGUGUCAAAUGGCAAUGUUGCGUCGCGUCCCAAGAGCACUGACUUCUCUGGUGCCGCGAAUGCGUUCAAGUCUCCCAGAGUUGGAGGCGAGCCGGAUGGGCUCUCGCCCAUGGUUGGGGAUAGCUGGGCAAGCAUGGUGAACACCCCUCUCAUGCCCAUGUUCAAGGAUACUCGCAACGCGAAUCAGAGCCUUGACGCAGCUGCCGCCAAACUCAAUGACUGGACAGCCACCGGUGGCGGAGUACCCCUAAUCGCAGAUCCCCCGAAGAAGUUUAAUCGCCUUUCGAAGGGCAGCACGGGUCUUAAUAACGACGCUCAAAACAACGGUGUUUAUGGGGAAGAUGGAAACCCUGUUGGCCCAGGUGGUGCGCAGCAGCAUAGUCAGCGCAACGGCCUCAGGAAUGCCAGCGGGGCUGGCAAUUUGAACGCAUUCGGCGGCGCAGGCGGCUGGAACGGUACUCGUAGCCCCGCGCUUUCGAACAACUCGAACAGGUUCGUCGACGAGACCAAUUUGAAUGGGCUGGGUAUUCCAGGAUUUGGCAUGGGGAUGGGCAGCCCUGGACUUGGGAUCCCAGGAGCAGGUGGUUUGAAUAUGGCCGCAUUCGCAGCGGCGGGCAUGCCGCUCAGCCCCUUCGGCAACAUGUUCAACAUGUCUAACCUGGCCGCCAUGGGUCUCACUCCGGAGCAGAUGCUCGCGAUGCAGAUGGCUGCUGCCGGCCAACUUGGACAGCCCGGCCUCGGCGCAUUUGGGAUGGGCAUGCAUGCACAGAACUCCCCUGGGUCCCGCAGCGGACGUGGGAUGGGCAACAUGCGCUCCCCUGGAAAGUCGCCGAGUGUGCGCGACUCGAAGAAGGAUGAGGAGGAGGUGGACCCGAAGCUUCUCGAGGACGUGCCGGCUUGGCUGCGCAGCUUGCGGCUGCACAAAUAUACGCCCAACUUUGAGGGCAUGACGUGGAAGGAGAUGGCGAUGAUGGACGAGGCUGCGCUCGAAGAGAAGGGUGUCGCGGCCCUGGGGGCUCGGAGGAAGAUGCUGAAGACGUUCGAAGUAGUGCGCAAGAAGAUGGGUCUCGAGGCCCCUGCAAGCGCCACUCUCACCUCUGCGACUUAA